AUGACAAGCCCCUGUCCGCCAGCUGCUGACCUGACCGAGCUGCCCAUGCACUGUGUGCACACCGUGAUUUCCCGAGAUGCGGUCGUCUAUACAUUUUCUGUCAAGAACGAGCGUGCCCACUUCCCCACAUACUUUCACCCAGAGAAGCUAUCCGAAAAUCGCUGCCCAGCUUCGUGUUCCGAUGCCGGCCCGACAAGCUUCUCCUGGUCCCGAGUCUUUAGCCUCGAUGAGCUAGACAAUUGUGAUAACACGGUUGUCUUUGAGACUAUGCUGCGCUUUCCGGUCGACUCCCCCGACAGACAGACUUUGCUCAAGGCCUGUACGGCGUCUACUUCCGAUCUGCGAUUCGAUCCUAGCGCAUACGGCGAACCUGCACUCAGUGGGGCUGACGUCGUAAAGUCGACUGUGGAUGUCGAGGCGGUCCACAAGCUCCAAGCCCUGGUUACCCGCGACCCCAACAACAGGUUGCGAGCCACUUUCGCCAAGUCCGGCAAGGCGGUCGUCGGACUCUAUGCCGGUGGCGAGAUUCAUCGCUCGUCCUCGAUUGCGCUUCUUGGCGACUAUAUCGAUCGCAUGAGCCGCGGCGAUGCAGCAUUAGGCGCUGGGCCGUCCCGCCAAAUCACCCAGAUCUGCGGACCAACGGGCUCCCGGUCAGCGACACAUGUCUUUGGGCUCGUCUCAGAUGCUGAAGGCGACCUGGACGCAGUCCACGAUAUAGUCAAGGGUUGGGCUGACGGCGACUGUGUCGAUCGCCUGGAACACGGUGACAUUUUGAGGGACCAGUCGAUCAGCCUCAUUUCAGCGGUCCCGCUCACAGCUGAAUCUACCAUUGGCGGAGGAUUCAACUCGUCAUCUUCCAUGGCUAGCAACAGCUCUUGUCAUUCCAUGGUCGGCUUUGGCGACAGCUGUUGGUCAAUCGCCGAAGAGAAAUGCGGCAUUUCGCUCAGCGCUCUCUACGAGUACAACAACAUCGACGCUACCUAUUGUGGCAACAUGGUCGCGGGGGAAGAGCUUUGCUGCUCCGAAGGAAACGCCGCAGCCGGCCUCACAAGGAAGAAACCCGACCUGCGCCCACAGCCACAGGCCAACGGAGAUUGUGCCGUCUACGAGAUCCAGCCCGACGAUGGCUGCUGGCUGAUCGCAGACAGAUUCUAUCUCAGCGAGGCAGAGAUUCAGAAGAUGAACGUCGGCAGAACCUGGGGCUGGCAUGGGUGCGGUAGGCUCUUCAGGGAUCAAAAGAUCUGUGUCAGCGCCGGCAGGCCUCCGAUGCCUGCACAGCUUGAGGACGUCACCUGUGGUCCCCAAGUCAAGGGCACGGUCAGACCAGCGGACCCCCAGACUGAGAUGGCUGAUUUGAAUCCGUGUCCACUCAAUGUGUGCUGCUCAGGAUGGGGCUACUGCGGACUCACUGAAGAAUUUUGUACCGACACUAGCAUCGACAACACCCCCGGAACAGCCCGGCCUAACACGAAUGGCUGCAUUUCUAACUGUGGCAAAAUCAAGAUCACCAAUAACGAUGUGGCACCGACGGAAUUUAUCCGCAUCGGCUACUUUGAAAGCUGGAACCGGGAACGAAGAUGUCUGCACAUGGACGUGACGGAUAUCAAGAGUCCAAUCACGCACAUCCAUUUCGCGUUCGGCGAUAUCAGCAACAAAUUCGUGCCUAGCGUGGAUCUGGAUCCUGAUGUACAGGAACAGUGGCAGAAAUUCCUUGGCAUCAGGGACAAGAAGAGGAUCAUCUCCUUUGGGGGCUGGGCGUCUUCCAACGAGCCAGGAACCUCGCACAUCCUACGUCAAGGUGUCAAGCCACUCAAUCGACAGACCCUUGCAGAUAAUAUCAUCAAGUUCGUCGUCGAGAACAACCUUGAUGGCGUAGACUUUGACUGGGAGUAUCCCGGAGCUUACGACAUUGACGGAUCUGACAUGGGAACGGCCGAAGACGGUGCAAACUACUUGAGGUUCCUAACACUUAUCCGGAAUGGCUUGCCGCUAGACAAGUCUCUCGCUAUAGCGGCUCCAGCGUCUUACUGGUACCUUCGACACUUCUUGAUAUCCGGAACUUCCAAGAUUGUGGACUACAUCGUGUACAUGACCUACGACUUUCAUGGCCGAUGGGACGUAGGCAGCAAGUGGACAAGUCCUGGUUGUGACAACGGUGACUGCCUGAGAUCUCACGUCAACAUCACAGAGACCUUGGACGCGCUCACUAUGAUCACCAGGGCCGGUGCUCCGGCGCAUAAGGUCGUACUGUACGACGGCGGCUCCGACUCGGAUAUCAUCAUAUACAAUGACGUCGAAUGGGUUGGCUACAUGAACGACAGGACCAAGGAUCGUCGCAUCAAACAAUACAAGAGCCUGAACUUUGGCGGCGCAACCGACUGGGCGGUCGACUUGGCUGGAGGCACUGGCACGGGAGACCGCGGCAACGUUGUCUACAUUGGGCCUGAGGUGUAUACCCAGCAUUCCAUGGGAUGUACAGCCCCUUGCACGAUUGUGCUUCCCCCAAGCCCCUUGCCCGCUCCCGAAACCGUCUCCAUCCCGCCAUACACGACGUCGCUGCAGACCAUCUCGGAAGUCCCGUUCUACAAUGUCAUCAUCAGUUCUAGUGCCGGCACCAGGGCAGUGGUCCAGCCGUAUCCCAGCGUCACACUUGCCCCAGUUCCUGUACCAGUGAGCUGGGUGAGCAACGGUGUAACCAAGACCUCCACGAGGACGGUGAUUCUCCCUCCGUGGCCGCAGAUUACCAAAGGCCCUCCAGAGAAAUGGGAAGGUACAGGUCCACCGACAAACAUCCCAACGUCUACGGGCGACGGUAUUCCUCUGCCACCAGCGCCGACACUGACGGGGCCAAUGCCAACCUGGACGGAUUGGUACAAGAUCCCAGCAGCCUUUGAGCCUGUCACCAAUCAGCCCGAUGGCAAUGGCGACCAGGACGGAGGUAAUGGCGGUGAUGACGGUGAGGGCGACGAUGACGACGACGACGAUGACGACGAGGAUGACGAUGAUGGGGGUUUCGCCGUCCUUCCGUGCGACUUCUGGUUCUUCUUUAGGAGGGCCGCCUCCCGACUUGAUUCCGCUUCCACCAGGCUGGCGAUGGAAGGGACGCUUGCCACCUUGGCCAAGAAUCACUCCGACCAAAUGCUCACUCGAAACAGAAUUGGGCCAGGAUCGAAGCCCACAGGGAUACCAGACAAGCCGCAGCGCUGCGAGACCAAGACGGCAUCUCUGUGCUCUACCAGAACGGAGUAUGACCUCGAGGACAGGGGGAGCACGGCGGUAACGACGUCGUCGCGCACAACGGAAACCUGCACGACAGUCCGUGGGUGUGCUGUAAGCGACUAUGACGAGUCGACAGAGACAGACGACGCGUCCUGCCGCAUUGACAAGAGGACCGAGCCGGCGGGAUUUCCGCGAGCGGCGACAGCGACAGCGACAGCGACAGCGACAGCGACAGCGACAGCGACAGCGACAGCGACAGCGACAGCGACAGCGACAGCGACAGCGACAGCGGGAGGUCCGGCAGCGUCGAGCACUGGAGGCGGACAACCAGCAGAAGUCGGCAAAGCCGAGGAGCAAUCGAUAACGAUCCCUCACUACGAAGAGACGUUUGUGGACCUCCAUCAGAGAGCCAACGAGGACGACGAGCUGUCAUGGAACGACGAUGCAAGAAUCGCCCAGACCUGGGAGUGCGCGAGGAACACCGUCUUUCUCAUUCAGAAGACUUUCGAUAAUGCCACUCCCCUCAACCAGAAACUGGCGGAUCGCUUGCUGAAGCUGGAUCUUCCGGUGCCUCUUCAGGCCAAGAUCCAACAGAUGAAGGCGGUUUCGGUGAUUUACGACCCCAGCUACAACCAAGCGAGUCUGACCCCAGGUGAAGACAGCUCUAUAGCAGAGUUAGCAGGGUCAAGGACGACGAACGAGACUGAGCACGAUCACGAUGCUGCGUUUACCGAGGUCGACUCGAGUCGGCGAAAGAAUGUCGAUCUGCACAUGACAGAGCCAGAGACUCCCUCUCUGCUUAAGAGAGGAGACCGCGAGUCUAACGACUGGUCCAUCUCGCAGAUUUCUGCGCCGUUUCGAGCGAAUGACUGGGCCACCGACACCCGGUUUACCACAAAUUCCGGGGCGUCUUUCGAUAAUCUACUGCACAAAUACUACUUCGACAACAUGGCCGGCCUGGGACAAUAUAUCUACGUGGUUGAGGAAUGCUUCGCCACGUAUAUUAAAGAGUUCGAAGGAGCGGAUAUCAAGCCGACAAUACUGUUGCCCACCUAUGGAGAUGGGGAUUCAAGAAGUUGCAGUCAUGGCACGAUGGUCGCGGCUCUCGCGGUCGGCAAAAACCUUGGCGUCGCUCAUCGCGCAAGCCUAGUGCCGGUGCAACUGGGAAACAUGGCCGGGAAAAGCCUGAUCGAGCGCCAGAUCCACGCUUUGACGCUUGUUCUGGACGACAUACUGGGCAAACGGGGAGACGGAAUCAACAAGCAAGGUAAAGCGGUCAUCAAUUUUUCCACAAAGAUUUAUGCGGGUAGUUUCGACCCUGCUCAGAUGAAUUCUCUUGAUGCAGGUGGAGUCAUCGUCGCAUCCUCCGGCAACGGGAACAUAUUGCACAAGCGCCUCAACCAACGCACAAACUGCGAUCAAUCGUCGCCAGUGCGGCUGAUGGGUCAAACGGACCUGGCGCGCUCCACCUUUGUGGUCGGAGCCACAGACGGGAACGGGAGGCUGUUAAGGGAUAGUGAGCGCUUCCGUGACGGCAACAUCUACCGCAUUACCUGGGCGCCAGGCGAGGAGGUCCGCGUUCCGUUUGGGGACCCGUACUUGUUCAGUUCAGGAACUUCACUCGCAGCGCCGAAAGUCGCGGGCCUCGUCGCCUAUCUUCGCGGGUUGCCAUCGGCUUGGAAGACUGACCUUGAGAAGCCCGCAAACGUCAAAAAGCUUGUCCAGGCCCUGACGCGCACCCUCUUCAUCAAAGACGGGCCCUGGAAACAUCUCUACCAGAACAUACCCGACAAAGACCUCGACAAGGAGAAACCCUGGGUGCCCUUUAUAUGGAACGGUCAGGUCUUCGACAAAUGCCUGCUUAAAGGUUGGGAAACGCUGAAGUUCAAGGACCUGCUUGUUUGCCCUCGCUUGCCGGCAAGACUCGACGACCUCCCACAGUGGUCGCCUGGAGCAGGCAGCCCCCCCGAAGGACCGGCCACGGGCGGUGACAUCGGCGGUAUCCCCAUGCCCGGGCCCAUCACGUGGCAGCCGGGGCCGGCCCAGCCGACUUGUGAUGCCGCCGAAAGAUCGACCCGGUGCGGCCGGCUCUGCACCGGUAGCUACUACUGCGGCCAGCUGCCCACGGGCACCCCUCCAGAUUUCAGCGAGCCUGCUCCGCCACCGCCCACCUUCUACCUCAUCUCCACGGAGUUUGUCAGCCUUUCCACUGGGGGUAGGUACCCGUCUGCGAUCAAAGUGUCUGAUUGGUCCAACUGUGAAGUGCGAGGUGACUUCUUCGGCUACAUCACGAGGAUGAAACUGGACUACCCCUGGUCCGAUCAGGAACUGAAGGGCGAGCUGUUGUGUGGUGCGAAGCUGCGCUAUAAGCGCAAUGGGUUAGGCGACUACGCAGUGUUGGACCAAGACUCGGGCCGGCAGGUCGGCACCUGCACCAAAGCCCCAGCGGCUUCCAAGGUCUGCACCUCGGAGUACAGCCGAUCCACCGACAGGCGGGUGUACGAGUGCACUGGUGCUUGUUGAGCAGGGCUAGCAAGAUGGAGGAAUAAUAGGAGUGAAACUACGUGCGACGGACAGGUACUGUAAACAGCCUCGCAAGUAGUGAUGAUCGCUAUCAUGUUCAUGGACUCUCUAGCAGCAUUCAGGUCCCGUCGGCGCUAUGAGUCCUGAGAGGGAGCUGGCCUAAAUACAUCAAGCCCAUUUAACCACAUCAGCGGCCAGCGUGACCAGCAGACCGAACGAAUCCGGUAGGUGCUCAGUGAUGGCCGAGGCAGGACCUACUGUAGUACUUCUAGGGAGUGUUAUCAACGCUACACUGUACUAGCAGUCUCCAAGCCUGGACCUCCUCUAAUCAUCG